ACAGUGGAGGAAUUUUUUUUUUUUAAAAAAUGGUGGUCUUUUGGUAAUUCUCGUGAGAAAAAUUUUUUUUUCAAGCUUAAAUUUCUAUUUUUUUUAAAAAAAAAAUAUGAAAAAGACAAAAGAAAAAUUGUUUUUCACCCCCUGGAAGUUGCUGGAAGCAGUUUUGAGGCAGAAAUCUGAAUUUGGAAAGCGUGUGAUGGUUCUUUGCUGGAUGAUUCAGAUUUCAGGUGGCCUCAGGGAAUAUUCCAGAGGCUGGUUUAAGUAGGAUUGCUGAGAAUUCCAAGGAAUUUGCUUUCUGUAACCCCCCUUGGCUAAGAUGACGUUUCCAAAUCAGCUUUUCCUUGGAAAAAACCACUUUAAAAAUGAAUUUUUUUGUUGGUGAAUGGUGCAGCAGCUGCUCCUUAAAUCCUUUCUGAGAGGGUGUGGAUGUAGAAAUAUUUAAUAUAUUUCUAUUUAAAAAUAAAGGCUUCAUGGUUUGUUAUUUCCCAUCCAGCAGAUGAAUUUGGAAUUUUAAGGGGAGAGGAUUAAACUGCUUGGGGGUGAAAAAUAGAAUUUUAGGGAAAAAAAAAAAAACCAAAAACCAACAAACUGCAGCGCAUGAACAGAGGGGAAUAUUUAAAAAAAUAAAAAGAAAAAAAAAAACCACAAAAAAAACACAAAAGUUGUAUUUGUAGAUUGUUAUUAAAGUGCAAAUAACUGAAUUUUCAACACUGGUUUGGAGUCAGCUUUCAGGGCAUAAUGUGAUGAAAAGAUCAGCCUAUGCCCCCCCUUUUAAAGGAAAAUUAUCAGCAGGAGAAAUCAGGAUGUGUAAAGCUAACAGGCAUCGCAAAUCCCAAAAGGUAACCUAAAUGUCUGAUUUUAAUAUAGCACAUUUCUCUUUUCCAUAAACCUGUGACGUAAACUUUUUUACCCAGCCGACCCUUCAGAUGUUAAUUUAAUGCAAAAGGGGACAAAAAAACAACCAAAACCCAAAAAAAAACCCAUGGAAAAAAAAAAAAAAAUGUUUUAAAUAUAAACAUUUAAACCAACCCACAUGGCUCUGGCAUAAAUUAGCAAUAACUUUAUUUAAUAAUGUGCCCUUGGCAGAUGCACUGGGAUGGAAUGUGGGCCAAAAGGAAUCUUUUAAAUAUCCUGAAUUUUUAAAGGAUAAAAGAUGUAAAAUGAACAUGAAUCCAAGCUAGUCCUGCUACUGCCAAAAAAAAAACAAACCAAAAAACAAACAACCAAACCCCAAAUUCUGCUCAGUUGUUUGAAAAUAUCAAUUUUUAGCCCCCCCAGUAUUGCUGUUUCCUGUGAAAUGUCCAUAGCUCAGCUGAACUUGCAUGUUUUUCCUUCAUGUGUAAUUGCAUGCAGGAAUCUUUUUCCUUCUUUAUCCUUUAUUUUUUUUAUUAUUAUUAUUAUUAUUAUUAUUAUUAUUUUCUGUGAAGAUUUUUUUGGUAUCUCUGCUCCUAUUGAGGAUCCUCACAAUUUUUAUUUUUUUUUCUUUUAAUUUGCAGGGAUUUGGCGCCGUGACUCAGCAGGGUGAGGAGGAGGAGGAGGAGGAGGAGGAGCAGCACCAGCUGGUGGUGAGGGCUGAGCCCAGCCCACAGUGAGCAGCCAGGAAUCCCCCAAACUCCUGGGAAUGGCCGGGGGACGGCGGGGUCCCAACAGAACCUCCUACUGCCGGAACCCCCUGUGCGAGCCCGGAGCUGCCGGAGCCUCCGGACACUCCUCGGGCUCCUCCGUCACCGGCGUGCGCUCCCGGACCAGGAGUGGCUCAGGGACAGGGCUGUCCAGCCCCCCUCUGGCAGCUCAGACAGUCGUUCCCCUGCGGCACUGCAAAAUCCCCGAGCUGCCCGUGGAGAGGAGCGUCCUGUUCGAGCUGCAGCUCUUCUUCUGCCACCUCGUCGCCCUCUUCGUCCACUACAUCAACAUCUACAAGACAGUGUGGUGGUACCCACCCUCCCACCCUCCUUCUCACACAUCCCUGAACUUUCACCUCAUUGACUUCAACGUGCUGACGGUGACAACCAUCGUGCUGGCACGGCGGCUCAUUGGUGCUGUGGUCAAGGAGGCUUCCCAGAGUGGCAAAGUGUCCCUGCCACGCUCCAUCUUCCUGGUGGUCACUCGCUUCGCCGUCCUCACGGGCACAGGCUGGAGUUUGUGUCGCUCCAUCAUCCACCUCUUCAGGACCUACUCAUUCCUCAACCUCCUGUUCCUGUGCUACCCGUUUGGGAUGUACAUCCCCUUCCUCCAGCUGAACUGUGACUUUCGGAAGGCAGGGCUCUUCGCCCAGGUGGCCAACAUUGGCCCCAGGGACACAGGGGAGGUGACAGCCCGGGGCAGGGACUACCUGACAGUGCUCAAGGAGACCUGGAAGCAGCACACGAGGCAGAUGUACGGCAUGGAGGCCAUGCCCAGCCACGCCUGCUGCCUCUCCCCAGACCUCAUCCGCAACGAGGUGGAAUUCCUGAAAAUGGAUUUCAACUGGCGCAUGAAGGAGGUGCUGGUGAGCUCCAUGCUCAGUGCCUACUACGUGGCCUUUGUGCCUGUGUGGUUUGUCAAGAACACUCAGUACUACGACAAACGCUGGUCCUGUGAGCUCUUCCUGCUGGUUUCCAUCAGCACCUCGGUGAUCCUCAUGCAGUACCUGCUCCCUGCACGAUACUGUGACCUGCUCCACAAAGCUGCAGCACACCUUGGCUGCUGGCAGAAGGUGGAUCCGGCCCUCUGCUCCAACGUGCUGCAGCACCAGUGGACUGAGGAGUGCAUGUGGCCUCAGGGGGUGCUGGUGAAGCACAGCAAGAACGUCUACAAGGCCGUGGGUCACUACAACGUGGCCGUGCCCUCGGACGUCUCGCACUUCAGGUUCCACUUCUUUUUCAGCAAACCACUGCGAAUCCUCAACAUCUUGAUUCUGCUGGAAGGAGCUGUCAUCUUCUACCAGCUCUACUCGCUGAUUUCCUCGGAGAAGUGGCACCAGACGAUCUCACUGGCUCUGAUCCUCUUCAGCAAUUACUACGCCUUCUUCAAACUGCUGCGGGACCGGCUGGUGCUGGGCAAAGCCUACUCCUAUGCUGCCAGCAGGGACUCAGAGCAGAAGUUAAAUUAAAACAAUUGCACUGAUGCUCUCAGCAUAUUACAGAACAAACAAAAACAAGAAACCCUCAGAGCUUUGUAUUUUUGUUACCACUGCUUUUUUUUUGUUGUCGUUUUCUUUGAUAACUGAUGUAAUUAAAAGGAAAAAAAAAACAAAACAUA